UCGAAUAUCAUUUAGUAGUUAGUUCGGAGCAGUAACAACACAUUUCACAAUAAUCGGUUUAGUAGAAAACCGUUGACGUGCAGACGCAAGUUAAAUGUGUUUCUGUAUAAAUUUAAUUUGAGUUUUGAUUUAAAAGUUCAUUUUAAUUUCACAUUACCAUUUAACACAUUAUUUAAAAACCCGUUAAUAAAUAACUUAUACCGUUUUGUAGUUCACAAUAAUUAUUAGUAUCAAUUUUUUUAUUGUUUCCUAUAAACCAUGAAAUUUCCAGAAGUAAAAUUUGCACCUUUGUUCGUGCCGUUAAACCGGAGAAUGGAAACGCUAGUGGCCACCAUUUGGAUCAUGACAAUUUUGUUUUCAGGAAUUACUGGAUGUACCAUACUCUGGUAUGUACUGAUAGCCACUCGGUUAUGGUGGCUCGGCCUUUUGUACAUCCUAUGGAUUAUAUUCGACAACAUUGGGUCUUCGGACAAGAAAAGGUUUACUUUUAUCCGUGACUUGUCCCUAUGGCAUUAUCUGAGGCGAUACUUCCCGGUGUCUUUGGUCAAAACACACGACCUCAGUGCCGACAAGUCAUAUCUGUUCGCGACAUUUCCACACGGUGUUAUCUGUCCAGGUGUGUUCUGCAACUUCUCGACUAACGCCAGUCCUUUCGCACGACUUUUUCCCAGUUUGAGCCCGUAUGUAAUCACCCUUGCCUUUGCAUUCAACAUACCGCUACACCGUGAGAUUGCCGUCGGUCUAGGCUUCCGGGGAGCCUCAGAAAAGAGCUUGAUAAACAUACUUGACAAAAAAAAGGGCAAUGUGGCCGUGUUGAUAGUCGGUGGCGUCGACGAAGCACUCAAUUCUUUUCCGGGACCGGUUCACAUAGUAGUCAACAGGAGAAAAGGAUUCGUUCGAGUUGCCUUAAAAACAGGAGCAUCGCUUGUCCCAGUAUUCUCGUUCGGGGAAAACUACGUGUACGAUAAGGAAGAACUGUCGCCCAACUCGUUAGCAGUAAGACUCUCAAAGUUCAUUAACUGGAAAGAAAUUAAAUACAUGCCUAAGGGGCGUGGGAUGUUUCAAUACAGUUUCGGUAUUACCCCUCGCAGGCAUCCCAUCACUACAGUCGUGGGUAAGCCGAUCGAUGUACCUAAAAUUCAGAAUCCAACUACGGACGACAUUGAAAAGUAUCACAAAAUAUUCGUUGAUGAUCUAGUCAAACUGUUCGAAGAACACAAAACAAAAUACAUGGAAAAUGCUGAGAAUAUUAAUAUCGUGCUCGAUGAAAUUCGUAGUUAAUAUAACCUCAACAGCAUUAUAUUGUUUUUAUCGUACGUGCUUUGUUGCAUUUCGUUAAAUUUACGUACAAGGAAAUCAUUGAAUUCUAAUAAAGGCUAUAGAUUAUGUACCUUUUUAAGGAAUAUAAUUAAUUUUCUAAUUAACCAAUGACAAUUACCACAUACUAUAUUUUUAAAUAAUAUGUAGUCUACUACCCAAAACAAUGUAAUUGUUCUUAUUAAUUUCAAGAUAGUACUUGUUGGUUGUUUUUAUACUUUAGUGUACCGUGUUGUAAAACGUGAUACAUUCAUUUUUAAUUAGAACAUAAUACACCAUAAUAUAUAAGCAUAUUGUUAUUUGUUUCUCCCUAUUUUUUUAUCUACCUUGAUCCUUACUGUUUAUACUAGUUAUUGUACUUCAUAUUUUUGAUAGUUAACAGAUUAUUUAGAAAAAUAUAACGGACUUCUGACGACCUUUUAACAGAAAAUAACCAAGACAAUUAUGUUGUAAUUAAGUUUUGUCCGUUUAAAACAAAAUACUGAUUUAUAAUAACUUCAACAAAAUGAUUCAGGUUUUCCCAUACAAACUUAAAGAAUGAUCUCAUGUCAGGAGUUGAAUCGAAAACUUAUGUUGCAAAAAUAUAUUAUAUAUAUAAUAUAUAAGCGCAACUCAUUUAUUUUCGCAUCAUUGCGUGGGAAACUUAACUAUUUUUAUCCACAUGUAACGCACUUCGUUUAUCAUUAUUAUUGUAUAAUAACAUCCUGAAUAGUACUAAACUAAUUUGUGUAAUAACGAUUUAUAAUUACUAUAUUAGGUAAAUUUAUUUAGACCUUCAAUUAAUAAGUAUUUUACGCUUAAAUAAUAAAAUAAGUUUACUAAAAUAAA